AUGGUCGAGGAAGAGCACAAAGUGGCCGUGCUGCGGCCCCCUUACGCCGCCCCCAUGCAGUCCGCCGUGAUCAACAUCUGCAGCGGUGACACCUCCGUGCCUGACCACAUCAUCUGGUCCCUCUUCAACACGCUCUUCCUCAACUGGUGCUGCCUGGGCUUCAUGGCCUACGCCUACUCGGUGAAGUCUAGGGACCGGAAGAUGGUGGGUGACAUGAUUGGGGCCCAGAGCUACGGGUCCACUGCCAGGUGCCUGAACAUCUGUGCCCUGGUCGUCGGCCUCUUUCUGACCAUCGGGCUCAUCGUUCUUAUCGCCACGGGCACAGUGAUGAGCUCACACGCCCUGUCACAGAUGAUGAGACGUAAUGGCAACUAG